AUGGAUUCUUCUGAUGUUAUUGAAGAUCAGCUUCUUUUUAAUGAAUCAGCAAAUGUGCCUGACAUAACUGCAGUGACUAUUUCAUAUUUAUUUUGUAUUUUUGGUGGCUCGUUGUCAGUUCUCAUAAUGUGUGGAAACCUCCUUGUAAUAAUCUCCAUUGUUUACUUCAAACAGCUCCACACUCCUACAAACUUCCUGAUGCUCUCUCUGGCUGUGGCUGACCUGCUAGUUGGAGUUUUAGUUUUGCCUUUCAGCAUCAUAAUUGUGGUGAGCUCAUAUUGGCGUUUUCAUUAUGUACUCUGUAAAGUUCGAGGAAGUUUGGAUGUGAUUCUGUGCCAUUCUUCCAUUUGGAACUUGUGCUUCAUUUCUGUUGACAGAUAUUAUGCAGUGUGUCAGCCUCUGAGAUACAGAACUAGAAUAACUGUUCGUGUCGUUGGGAUCAUGAUUCUGGUGUCCUGGACAAUUGCCACUUUAAAUGCAGUUAUUUUCACAGUCCAGGCCUCAGAUAAAGGACUAAAAAUCAAGAAGUGUGUUUUAUUUCAACAUAAAGCACAGAGUACAAUGAUUGUGGGAAUUUUUUUUGCAUUUGGUUUCCCAGCUAUCAUAAUGUCUUCAAUCUACCUAAAAAUUUUGACGGUGGCACAGAAACAGGCACGCAGCAUCCAGAGCAUGGCAAAAUCUGGUGCAACUGUCAGUAAAACGGAGAAAAAGGCAACUAAAACUCUGUCUAUUGUGAUGGGGAUUUUUCUGAUGAGUUGGACGCCUUUCUUUCUCUCCAUCAGCUUUAAUCCUUUGAGCAAUUAUGCGAUACCAGUUAAUGCAGUUCAGUCAUUUAAAUGGCUUGGAUGGUCAAAUUCAAUGUUAAACCCGUUUGUUUAUGCCUUCUUUUACAGCUGGUUUCGAUCAGCUUUUAGGAUGAUCAUUACAGGAAAAAUAUUUAAAGAUGAUUUUUCUAAUUCUAAACUCUUUUGA